AUGAUGAGUGAAAACAUUACAGCAGUAGAACCUCAGGAAAACAAUGAUGUCGAAGCUGAUAGUGACCCCUUCAAUAUCGACAAGCUAAUUGUCGAUUAUGAUUAUUUAUUGUACAAGAUUCAAGAUGAAUUGGAGUCGAUCCAAUUAAAGACGUUAGAGAUAUGUCAAAAACAGAAUGAAAUAGUUGAACAUGGUAUCAUAGAGGAAGUCAUUGAUGGAAAUAUUGGGAUGGCGAAGGAUCUUUUACAGAAAUGUGAUGAUUUGGAGAAGCAUUAUGAUCAAUUGGAUGCGGUUGAAGGCAUUGUUGUAUCAUUCAAAAGCCGAUUAAAAGGGGUAAUAACACAAUAUAAAAAAUAUAUAGAUACGAAGAAGUGA